AUGCUCCGGACUGUUUGCCGCCUGCACCGCGUUAGAUUCCAACCUGCAAUCACCAAAAUUCCACAACCUUCAAAACGAGUUUACAUCAGUCGGCAGACAAUAACAGCCCCCAUCGCAACCAUGACAGCCACGACCCUGCUGAAGAAAUGGUUCCCACAUACUGAGGCGCCCGUAAUCAUCAGCGCCCCCAUGCUCGGCAUAGCAACUGGCGCCCUCGCGGCCCAGGUAACCAAGGCGGGUGGGCUUGGCAUGAUCCCCGGUGGCUACGACGUCACACCCGGCUCCAACCAGCUAGCCGAGCUCGACGCCGAGCUCAGCACCGCACGCCAAAUCCUAGGCCUCCAGGACACCAACUCCCCGCUUCCCGUCGGCAUCGGCUUCAUCUGCUGCCACGAGAUUGUCGACACGCACUUUUCCGGCCGCGGCCUCGCGGACCUGGUAGCCAAGCACCGCCCCGCAGCCGUGUGGCUGUUUGCGCCCGAGCCCGACGCCGGCUACGACAAGCUGGCGCGCGCGGUCCGGGAAGCCGCCGCUGCGGCGAGCUACGACGUCAAGCUGUUUGCGCAGGUCGGCACCGUGGCGGACGCGCGGAGGGCGGUCGCCGCCGGCGUCGACGUCGUGGUUGCGCAGGGCGUCGAUGCCGGCGGGCAUCAGUUUGCGGUCGGGAGCGGGAUCGUAGGUCUCGUCCCCGAGGUUAGGGAUAUGGUUGAUGAGGAGUUUCCCGGGAAGGAGGUGGUGGUGGUUGCGGCCGGGGGUAUUGCGGAUGGUAGGGGGGUUGCUGCUGCUUUGGCUCUUGGGGCUGAAGGCGCAGUUAUGGGCACCAGGUUCCUCGUUGCAGAUGAGGCCAAGACCGCGGAUUGGCAGAGAAAGAUGGUAUUAGAGACGCAAGAUGGUGGUCUCAAUACAAACAAGUCUGUAUUUCACGACCAACUACGAGGCACCGACAGCCUAUGGCCUCCAUUCUAUGACGGACGCGCCAUCGUUACUGACUCUUACCGGGAUCACCGCGUCGGCGUGUCUCUUGAGGAGAACAAGAAGAGGUUCAAGCAAGCCAAGGAGGCAGGGAAUGAUGCCUCCCGCGGCGUUGUCUGGUCCGGAUCCGGAGUUGGGCUGGUUAGGGAGAGCGGGCCGGCAGGCGAAAUAGUCAAGCAGACGAGGGACGAGGCAAAGAAGAGGAUCAAGGCUGCACAGUCGUUUCUCUGA